AUGGAUCCCUACGACGUUGAAGGCGGCGCAAUCAACGUGCGCUUCCUCCAGGCCGACCAAACACGCGCCUACUUCAUUAUCCAGAAUUUCAACCUCGAAACGGCGAACUCGCUGCGGCGCGUUAUGCUUGCAGAGAUUCCGACCCUAGCUAUCGACGUCGUAGAAGUCAUCGACAAUACCUCCGUACUCGCCGACGAAUUUGUGUGCCAUCGGCUGGGCUUGAUUCCGCUAAACUCGAAGGGCGUGGACGACUUGCUUUAUUCGAGGGACUGUGACUGCGAAGGGUACUGCGACAACUGUUCGGUCACGCUUACGCUGAAUGCGAAGUGCACGUCGAAUGAGAUUAUGAGGGUGUAUGCGCGCGAUCUACUCAUCACGUCAAAUCCGCCCAACGUCAAGGUUGGACAGCCGGUCAUUACAGAUCCAGAGGGGCAGGGCAGUUGUAUCGUCAAGCUGAGGAAGGGUCAGGCUAUCCACAUGCGCUGUAUCGCAAAGAAGGGUAUUGCGAAGGAGCACGCGAAGUGGGCACCUAGUGCGGCGAUAGGUUUUGAAUACGACCCUGCGAACAAGCUGCGGCAUCUGGACCUCUGGUAUGAGGAGGACCCCAAGAAGGAGUGGCCUGAAGACCACGAGCGUAUAAACCUCGACGGCGGCCCUCCAGCGGAAGACGAGCCCUUCGACUACGAGGCCGUCCCCACCCGCUUCUUCUUCGACGUAGAAACCGUCGGCGGGCUAGAACCCGAUCAGAUCGUCCAACGUGGUAUUAAGACUCUCCAGCACAAACUUGCAUCCGUGAUCCACGAGCUCACCGGCGGAGAGGGCGCGGACGGAGACUUCGGCGGUGCACAGAGCCCAACCCUGAAUGGAGCUGGCUACGGAACUAACGACGCCGGAUACACGACGCCGGGCUACGGAGGCGGUGCGAGCGUCUGGGGCAGCGGCAAUACUGGCGGUGCUGGCGGCACGACGCCGUAUGGUGCUACGCCUUAUGGUGGCCAGUCAUGGUAG